AUGUCUUUCGACUAUAAGAAAGUCCUGGUCAUCGGUGCCACCUCCGGCAUUGGUAAGGCAUUGGCUACCAAGCUUGUGGAAAAUGACAUCCCGGUGAUCGUGGCUGGUCGGAGACGGGAGAAUCUGGAUGACUUCGUGCAGAAGUAUGGAGGCGACGAGAAGAAAGUGCAAGCGAAGGUGUUUGAUAUUUUGAAGGUGGAUCAGAUCCCUCACUUCGCCGCUGAAAUCAUCGCCAGUAACCCCGAUCUUGACUGCAUCUUCGUCAACUCCGGGAUCCAACGCGCCUUCGACUUUGCGGCCCCCGAAUCCGUCGACAUGGACAUCUUCGAGACAGAAUUGACAACCAACUAUAUCUCCGCCGUACAUCUGACCAAAGCCUUCCUGCCACACCUGCAGAGCCAGCCCUCGAAGACCGCGAUCGCAUUCACAAGCUCCCAGAUGGCGCUGGUGCCGAUGAUGCGGUGUCCCAAUUACGGCGCCACCAAGGCGGCACUGCACCAUUUCAUCCUGGCGCUGCGCACGCAGCUGCAGAGCGGUCCGGGCGACGUCAAGGUCGUGGAGAUUUUCCCGCCGGCUGUGCAGACCGAGUUGCAUGAUACGAAGCAUCAGCCGGAUUUGAAGGACGGGCAUUUGAUCGGCAUGCCGCUGCAGGAGUUCACGGAUGAGAUGUGGGAGAGACUGUGUCGAGGAGAGGAUCAGAUCCCGGUGGGGCCGGCGAAGGGCGUGUUCGAGGCGUUUGAGCUGAAGAGGCAGGAGUUGUAUUAUCAGAUGACGCAUUUAUUGUCGGGUUUGCUGAAGCAGUUUUUGCGAUAG